AUGGAAUGUUUGAUCCAUGGAUUAAAUUUUUUGAUUAAUGAUAUACCUAAUGAAGUAUUUAUAAUGGAUCAUCAGACUGAAAAGAUCAAUUAUAUUGAGCAAUGCAAAGUUUCAUAUCCUUACUUAUUGGUAAAUAUAGGUUCAGGGGUUUCAAUGAUUAAAGUUGAUGGUCCUGAUGGGAAUUUCCAAAGAAUUGGCGGUAGUUCACUUGGAGGUGGUACUUUAUGGGGGUUGUUGUCCUUAUUAACAGAUUGUGAAGAUUAUGAUUCAAUGUUGAAACUAUCCGAAUCAGGAGCAAAUAAAAAUGUUGAUAUGCUUGUUGGUGAUAUCUAUGGUGAGACUGGUUAUAAUAAGAUUGGUUUGAAAAGUUCCACCAUAGCUUCAUCAUUUGGUAAAGUUUUCAAUAAAGUUAAAAGAAACAAGAAGGAGAAAAAACCAAAUGGAGCAGAUAUAAAUCAGGCAGAUAUCAUCAAGAGUCUUGUCUAUUCAAUAAGUAAUAAUAUUGGGCAAAUCAGUUAUCUACAAGCUAAUAUUCAUGGUGUGGAGAGUAUAUUUUUUGGGGGGUCAUAUAUCAAUAGACAUCAUUUCAUAAUCAAAACAUUAAGCUAUGCUAUAAAUUUUUGGUCAAAGGGUGAAAUGCAGGCACAUUUUUUGAAACAUGAUGGAUAUAUUGGAGCUAUUGGUUCAUUUUUAAUGAGUCCGGAAGAUUUGCAAAGUGACGAAGCGCAAGUUGGAACUGAAACCGACAAAUAA